AGCUCUCUUUUAUUUCGUUGAAUGCGACGUGCCGAUUUCCCCAUCCCCGGCGAUGUCCGCUACAUCCGUUGUGAUUGGUCAAAAGCGAUAAAUAGCUAAAAAUAGCACGGGGAUACACAUGAGUGAUUUGGAAGUGUUUCUUAUGGACAGAGAAUAGUUAAGGCAGUGGUCGCGACGCUUGGCAACGGGGUCGCCAAGAUUGGAUUUGACUGAAGUUAGUUCAUUCUUGUUCAUUUCAGGCCACAUCGAAGGUGACAUCAACGUAAAGCGACCCUAGCACGAAACCCACGUGUAUUGGACUUCACACGACAGCAUGUGCGCUCUGUGUACAAUGUAAACAAUGUAUGCAGGGACAAAAGAGUGAUUCGAAAUCAAGCGGGAGUGUUCGCAGUCCAGGCAAAAGCGGAUUAUUAACUAUACCUUGAGGAUUUAAAGGGACCGUUUGCGCAGGACAAUGUUCGGGUUGAUCAGUGGCUUGGCCUCGUGGUCGAGGUUGCGUGGAAACAACGAUGACGACUGGAUCGACCGCAUCAACCACCUGUGGACAGUGGUGUUGCUGACGAUGUUCACUGUGGUGGUCAGCAGUGCCCAGUACGUGGGCGAGCCUAUACACUGUUGGUGUCCAGCCACCUUCACGUCCGCCUACAUCUCCUACACCAAACACAUCUGCUGGGUGUCCAACACCUACUACCUCCCCAUGAACGACGUCAUCCCCAUCGACAUCCGGGAACGACAGGACCGAGAGAUCACCUACUACCAGUGGGUGCCAAUCAUAUUCCUCUUCAUGGCCCUUAUGUUCAAGAUACCAAAUUUUGUAUGGCGGGUGUUCAACAGCGGUGCGGGGUUGAACAUGGAAAAGAUUGCCACCAUGGCAGAAAGCACCCAGAUUGGGUCCCCAGAUGAGAGGGAAGUCACUAUUAAGCAUAUAGCUUCGUAUUUGGACAAGUGGCUGCGAGCGCACAGGCAGUACCACUACAACAUCAUUGUACGUGUUCGUCAACGACUGUCUGGUGUGUGCUGUUGGUGGUUCGGGAAGAGAGAUGGUACGUAUCUCACCGGCUUCUAUCUGUUCGUGAAGCUCCUCUACUGCGUCAACAUCAUCGGCCAGUUCUUCCUCCUCAACGCCUUUUUGUCCAUCGACUACAACCUGUACGGUUUCAACGUCAUCGAACGCCUGAUGACGGAGGGGUCGUGGAAGGAGUCCCCGCGCUUCCCACGAGUCACGUUGUGUGAUUUCGAGAUUCGGCAGCUGCAGAACCUACAGAGAUGGACAGUCCAGUGCGUCCUGCCCAUCAACCUCUUCAACGAGAAGAUCUUCAUCUUCAUCUGGUUCUGGCUCUUCCUCAUCGGCGUCCUGACCUGCUGCAACUACGUGUCCUGGUUGUACCACAUCAUCUUCAAGCAGAACCGGGUCAAGUACAUCAAGAAGUAUUUGCGCAUGAACGACGACCUGAGAACUGGAGCCGACCUGAAGUUGUGCAAGAAGUUUGCUAAUGAGUACCUGAGGGAUGAUGGCGUGUUUGUGCUGAGGGUCAUCCAGAAGAACUCGACAGACCUGGCGCUGAAAGACCUGUUGUACCACCUGUGGAGGUUGUUCAAGGACACGCCCUACACCACCAAACCCCCCACACACGCAGUAGAGAUGAACCACAAGGAGAAGGGGGAGGAGGAUGAGUCUUUUGCAUAAAAACACACCUUUUAUAUUGCAGUAUUGGGGCCCCCAUCUUAACAAAAACGUUGAUGUAUAUCCUGACUAUUUUGACAUUCAAUACUGCCGCCGAAGGUGCUCAAGUGACGUGUUAGAUAUUUAUAGGGGCUUCCAGUUAGUCGUGAUUGCGCACGGAUGUGCUCAAAGUUGAACAUGUACAAAUGUCAGCGUGUCUUCCAGAUGAUGAUGUCAUGAAAGGAUACUCAACCACUUCAGAAUAUUGACGACGUUCGCAUAGAUGUGUCAAAGUGUUGUAUGCUGUGGGCGGCUUUCGUUGCCCUACAACAGACUGGUGCUAUUCAGUAACCACUUCCCACCGUGUAUGGAUUUAUUAACCCAUGUCCUGUACUAUGCAUUCAUUAAUGGCAUUGUACAACCAUUGCUCAGAAGGUGCCUUCCACCAAGGGCCACAAGCCUGGCCUUCAUCACUGUCGGUGCUCAUUGCUAGAUAUGUAACUCCGGGGUACAAGAGUUCGCUCACAAAUCCACAUCGAUGUCUUGUUACGUCAUAUCCCAGUUAGUUGAUAGUGAUGUUAUGCAGAUGCCAAAUUAAAUAUUUCUAGAUUUGUAUGUGAUAUGCCCCCAAGUAUUACAGUAAAACGUCAUGGAUAUGUGAUAGACUGGUCUUUUACAAGACACAGUUGUACGCCCUAUUCAAGAGUACAGGAUCUCAGUCCACACACGUCGCUCAUCAGCAUUAGUUGUGUUACUGUUAACUCAUAUAUUCUUAUAUAUCAGUUGGUCCUAAAGUUUCAGUCUUUACAUAGAAAGUUAAAUAUUAAGGUAUUACAAAUUGAUUUAAAGAAAGGCCUGUAUUCAAUGCUUUCACUGUCUUUCCCCUCACACUAUUCAGGGUAUUAUACCUUCAUUAAAAUAAUAUAUAAUAAGUACCAUUGACCUAUUUGCCACCACAGCUUCAAGUUAAGCCCUAUUCCUAUGGCACGACGUUAAAAUCAGACGUCCAAUCAAAUUACUCUCAUGAGAAAUGGAGAGAGGUCAUCACGUCCAAACGAAGAUGAGGUGACGAAAUGGUCCAGGAUGUAAAUGAUAAUAGAUAUAAUGCACUGGAUACUUGAGGAUGACCUCGACGUGCAGAAAUCUGGUUGUUUCUGUGAGAUGUGACCCUGCUCUCUACAUAUAUAUGAUUUACUGCGUUGUUAUUAUUACUAUAAUGUAAUAUCUACCGCAUAGCAAUUGUAGGCUCCCUUUCUCAAAUACAUUACACGUUCCUAAAACUUUCCCAACGCACUGGUGUACACUAAUUUGAUUGUCAAGACAUAUUUUGUUUCCGCAAUGAUGCAAAGUAAUUCACAAGCUGUAGAAAUAGCUUGUGUAUGUUAAAAUCCCAAACAAUUACGAAUAAUUAGUCUCACCACCAAAGCGAAUAAGCCAAUUGAAGACAAACAACAAACCACACUGUAACAUGGUAUGUGUCCAAUGGUCGAUACCACUGAUGGUAUUAUGAAUGUUUAUGCCCGGAAAAUGUCAAUAUUGCUUAAGCGUCGGUAUGUUAAUGGGCCAUUUUCACCGCCAGGUUGUUUAGUAUGCUUAGUUAGCUGCAUGAAUUGAAGGAAUGCUGGCCCACUUUCAGUAUAUUCCAACUGUGAAACACGGCGGGGGGAGGUUUCUCCCCAAUUAAGCAAAACAUUGUGCCUUCCUUGAAUAUUCAAGUGGCUUGUAUGCAAACGAAUGUUUGAUGGUAUUUUUACCAUUUGUGCUAUAACAAUGGCUACAGUUUAUAUUAUUAUUCCACAUAUGCCCGAAAAUAUAUUUGAGCGAGGUUUUAUCUUGAAUGCAUCUUCCGUCUAUGCAAACUAUGCAAACAAACCGUGAAAUUGAUUUGAAUAGAUUCUCAAGAUUUCACAAGAACCGUAUGCAUACUAUUUUUCUCUCGGUUUCAUAUAGUGAUCAUUCCUGUUCAAUGCAUUUCCAUGUUUAACUGCCAAACCUUUGAACAUUCACACAACGUUUACAGACAUCUAAAGUACGUGUACAGUUUUAUACUCGAGAAAUAUAUCAUUCCUUUCACAGUGCAUGUCCACAUGUUGGAUAGAUAUGUUCCUGUUUAUUUUGUAAAAUGCCACAUUCCCAUGCCGUGAAAACUUGAUGUCGUGUGCGUGGUAGAUAGUACAUUUCUCUAAGGUCCACCGAUGCUUCUACACUGCAUGGGAAUACGGAAUGUGGGAUCGAUGAAUUUGUUUGAGAAAGUAUCCAUUCUUUCGAAAAAACUUGAAUGCCUCGUGCACUUAACCGGAUUGACAACACGUCCCCCCGUUCGUGACUACUCGAGUCAUUCGGAAACCAAUCUGAAGGUCUCCUCCUAACUUUGCGAAAGUUAUUAUCUCGCGGGGACGAGAGCAAUUGUCAAGUUUGUGAUCCCGACCCUAUUUCCUAAUGCAGUCUUAAGCGAUUUACAUUGUAACCAGCCAUUAUGAUAUUGUUUUGCAAUACGAAACGGUUUUUGGUUGAGGUAUUAUUUUUUCACUUCUUUCUGCUUUCAUUACUAUUUGCUCUUGUUCUGAUAAAGGUAACUUUGUUUCAUUGAAUGGUUAAUAAGUGUGCGGGAGAUGCUGUUUGGAGUGCAGAGACAAAUAUUGUCCAUCUUUCUGGGAUAGCCAGCGUAUCGGAGGUUCAGGCCAUGACACAUGCUUGCUGUGGUGCCCCUGUCACGUGAUAUCUCAGCACACACAGAAGAGUAUUCUCAUUGGUUGGGCUGUAACGAUUCACCAUGAUAGUUUGUUCCGCGAAUAAAAUAUCGUAUAUUGAGAUAUCGUAUCUACACAGAGAUUCACAUAUGGUGUGAAUAAAUAGAUUUGUGGAAUAGUUUCCGGUACGUGUACAUGUUUCGAGGAUAAUUCAACUGAAUGAUGUUUUCAAACAGUUUCAUUUGUUCUCUAAGUAAUAUCUUCGAUGGUGGAAUUACAGUUCUUCUCAUUCAUAAUAUUUUAUUUUUAGUUAACGGUGUUAAUUCUUGUUGCCAUCAUGUUUUGUUGUGCGUUUCAACGUUUUGUUCACUGUUUACAAGAGUAUAACUUGAUAUUGUUGUUUCCGUUGUUCGAAGCAAUUAACAAUUGGUUGACCUUUCUAGUCGUAUCGUGCUGACGCUGCCGGUAUAGUUACACGACAACUAUGUAAAAUGGCCAUCACAGCGUCUCGCGGGGAAUAGUAUUUCUUGUGUGUGACAUGUGAAAUAAGGUUUUGAGUAUUUUGAUAUUUCCGUUGCCAACAAAAUAAGUCAUGAGUCCGUAUAGCCAGUUUGACAAUUUAAAGGAAUACAUCAAUGCUUCAUUUUGCGAUCGGUUUGUGUGUAGGAUUUGUGCAACAAUAACACAGGGCACUUUAUCUGUGUUACUACAAUAAAUUCAUUGUUUAUGCGUUUAUUCAAGAUGUUUCACACUUCCUUAAAGCGUAUUUAGGCUAUUAGGUAUUCCUGCAUUGUGAUCGAAUCUUAUGAAGACGGGAAAUUGAAAUUGUUUUAUCUGUAAUAUGGGUCCUAGGUAUUGUCAAUAAUGGAGUGGUUUCAGUGGGCACAAUGGCUAACGAGAGUGGAUUAUCACUGGGAACGACCGUCAUUCAACUCUAGUUUGGUGCUGUCGAUCAAUUUUUUAAGUAUUGGUGACACAGCAAUAAAAGUGCCGAGUACCGAGCCACUGGAUAUUAUAUAUCCAACUAGGUCAGACUAAGUGCUAACAUUUAGCGUACCUGGUUUUAUCCCGCAACGAGUUUUCCAUUGAGCAUGGUUCAGUAAUAGGAUUAAUUAAUUAAUCAAUUGAGAUGGUUAGACAUUUGCUUGGCAUAACACCAGGAGUAAGUAACAUUGUAACGAAGCUAAGUACUUCCAAUUUGCAAGAUGACGUGUAUGGAAGGUCAGCGAAUGUAGCGCUGACACAACAACGAUUGUACGACGCUUCAUGUAAUAUGUCUAGUCAUCUCGCCUGUGUCCCUUGCAAUCAAUUGUCAGUUAUGGUUUCUGCGAAUUUGUAACUUGCAUUGAUUUUGUCUUUUUGUACAUAUUAAGUUUGUUUCGUUUUUUUAUUUCUCUCAAUAUGUAAAUAUUUUGCCGAUUAGAAUUGUUAAACUAUUUUACUGCACUUUGUUGCGUUGCACGUGGUCUCCUUGUUGGUCAGGAGAUUAAGGAGGAAUCAUCCUUGAGAACAUGAUACAAUACUCGUGGGUAUCGAGGGUACCUAAAGGAGGUCUUGUAUGCUAUAGUAAAUUGCAUGGUUGUCGUUACCUUAGUGUGUAGACUGUCAGAAAUUACCGCCAGUAGCAUUCAGCGUUUACAUAGCUUUUGUUUCACAUUGACCAAAGUUUUAAUACAUAAACAAUACCAUCGAAUCCAGUGUAUUAUUGACAUUAUAAUAUAAAGCCAUUGUCGGUCUAUUUUUAAGAUAUUUCUUUUUCGGUUGUCUUUAUUAAUUUGCAAUUUAGAUAGUUGGUAUGUUAAGGUAAAUACAAGUUCUCGUUUGUCUAUUAUUGAUUGUUUACAUUUACACGUUUGCAUGUCCAGUAUUCUCAAUGGCCAAACUGUCUCAACAAUUUUGACAUAAUAUUAUUAAACUUAUUUUUUGUACCAAA